AUGCCGUUCUACUCUCGGCGGUCGAAAGUGCCCUCUUCCCCAGACACCCCAUCUACUUCUUCCCAAACGCGCAGUAGCUUGUCGCCAUUGUCCGCAAGAAACGAGGCGCCACCUCGGGAGCAGCAAUACUUGGAACACAGGCCUUCCAUUAUGGCAGGCGCAUCGGAAGGUCAGCCCCCACUUCCGCCGCGCGGUAUCCUGCGCCAGCCUCCCUCCCUUUCUAGCGCGUCCUCCUCUCGUCCGGGCGACGCCGUUGUCCCACCCAGCCCUACCACACGAUCCAAUACCCCGCGUCAUUCCGAGACCAUGGGUACCACUAAGCGUGCGUCCCUUCCUAUGCUGUCCGCCGGAAACAGUCGUUUCGACAAGCGGUUCUCGCUACCUGCGACACAGCUGUCGGCCGUCGGCGACACGCACUCAGCGCAUCUGGAGGACGACAGAGACGAUCACAUGUCGGCGCCACUCACUCCCUUGUUGCACCCUAAGGUGCGCUCUGUUCGUAUUGCCGACAACGAAUCCGACCGCCUCGCUCGGGCGUGCGGGCAGCUUCCCGCGUCAUUAACAUCUACCAGGCCUCGUUCGACCUCGUGCACAGUACCCUCUUCAGCGCAACGGGACGGCGGAGACGAACUAUCCAAUCGUGGUAGGGAAAAACAGAGGCGCGCUAGCACGGGCUUGGCUCGUCCCCGCUCGCGUAGUCUGAGCCGGUGCCCCUUGGAUCGCUCUGAGAAACCACCACCUCCCCCCUACCAACCACCGGAGCCGUUCGAAGCCCUGAGGGAGUUGAAUGUCUUACUACAGAGGGAGAAUCAACGCUUGGAGGACUACAUAGAGGUCGAGGAUUUCCUCCAGGAAAAGGAAAAGGAAGCGGAGGCGCGUCAAAAGAGGUUGGAACGUAUCGCGCGAGGAGAGGUUGAGCACAGGAGGGACGAGGAUGCCAAGGCCACUGUUCGCCCACGCGUCUUUGGAGCACCCUUAUCAGAUGCACUCGAUCGUUCGUCGAUGCCUAUCGUCAUAGGAGGACAACAGCACGAAAUCCCGACUGUUGUGCAUGCCUGCAUCGAGGAGCUAUACCGCACCGGUAUCUACCAAAAUGACUUGUUCCGUGCACUUCCCGACCGUGCGCGCCUUGUCGAGCUCGUGCGGACCUUCGACGACAUGCCUUCAGGAUCCGCCGCGUCACCUACCUCCGUCCUCCGCCAUGCAUCCAUGGCCGACGUCUGCGCGCUCCUCUCGUCUUUCGUCACCUCACUCCCGAACGCACUUCUCGACCGCACAAUCCACAACGCGCUAUGGACGUGGUGCGUGCGUCCUGCGGUCGCGCGCGACGAUGCCAAACGCGAACAGGAGAUGAAGGCUGAGAUGGAGCGCUACGCGAAGGCCCCGCCAAAGAUGUGGCGCAAGCGUUCGCAGUCCGAGCCUAAAACGCCGCCGUCCGCGUCAGCGACGCCACAGUCGCACAAGACCCCAGACGAGCUGCGCCGGGAGAUGAUCGAGAAGGAGCGUCCGCAGGUCGCAAUCGCCCGCCUCGUUCUGCAGCUCAUUCCGGUCGAGAAUCUGUCGCUCCUCGCGUACCUCUGUGCCUUCUUUACCCAAAUCCCGCUGUGUCCAGACAACGGCCUCACAUUCGAGGACAUCGCACGGAUCUUCGGGAAUCGCCUGCUGGGAGGGCCAAGCAAGAACGCUGCGCGGGUCUUGAUGGUCUGGCUGCUCAACCGGUGGUCUCGGAUCUCCGCAGGACUCUUCGACAUCGAGGAUGGAGUGUCAACGAAGGCGCAGAAGAACCGCGAGACCAGCAAACCCAUGUACUCCGCCAGACGCCCUCCGACCCCUGCGGAGCUCGAUCCGCCCAAGGACGAAGACUACGUUGCCCCUGACGAGGACGCUCUGUACGGUGGAUAUAUGCGUGAUUUCCACCUCGAAUCUCCCUCGCAGUCGCGCACGGGCAGACCGUAUUCAUCGUCAGUAUCCUCGCAGGGGUCAUCGAGUACAUAUGCAUCUACGGCCCAGAGCGAAUUGGGCGACACAUACCCAUUUGGAGGCUCCCUUCCGUAUGAUAGCGGUAUGACAUUGCCGAGAAGGACAGAGCACGGAGAUCGACCUCGGGCGUCCAGUAUUCCACAAGAUAGAUUACUGCGCGUCAUCGAAGAGCACGAGGAUCAUCAGACUGGGAGGCCUCGUGAAUUCUUUAUCCCUAGGACGCCCUUCACAGCUCAUGGGUCAUCAGACGAGCAAGAAUUCUUGCAAAAGAAUGAUUUUUUCAGAGCCGACCCGAUGCGUCGAACAAGGACUUCCGACAGUGUUUACUCCUCAGAGGAAACUGACGAGGGAGGGUAUUUCGGAGACCUUGAGCCCUCAAUCCUUCGUCCAAAAACCUCCUCCUCUAUCCCUCGUCCUGAAUUCCAGGGCGACAUGGAUGCAUCAGCUGGAUAUGCAGACCGCCGCGCCUCGACCCCUGGUCUACCGCUCAUUAAGGAUGAGCUCAGCUCUGCCCUUGAGCGCAUCUUGGAGCUCGAGCGCGAGCUCAGAGUUCGGUCUCAGGACACAGAGCAUGACGCUUUUGAACCCCUGCAUCCAAAUACCGACACUGACGGUUUUCCAGCCGGUCCACCGGUCACUUCUGAGCUGGCCCGCACCUGGCAAGGCGACACCGGCAGCCCCAAUAUCGAGCAAGACGUUGUGAGCGUCAAGAGGGAGCUUAACGCAGCUCUCAGUGAGCGUGAUGAUGCGCCUGUCUCCCGAACGGAAGCAGAUGCACUGAUCGACUCCGGGCGGAUUAUUGUGGCUACACUGAGACAGCAUCACUUCAGCCGAGCCGAGCCUGCCUGGAUUUCCUAUCCUAUUCUCGAGAUGUCGAGAAUCCGCCGGCGUGCAUGGGGCACCCCAGCAUCCGCUGUGUCCAAUACGUUUUGCCGACCAUACCAUAGUCGUUCCGCUUCACUCGCAGCGUACUCAACGGCAUCCACAGUUGUUAUUAACACCUCAGAGACAACCACCGUCACGCGCACUCGCUAUGUGUACACCACUACCACCGAGACCGUCCCGACGACGAUCACGAGUACGACGACGAGCUACUCCACGACCGUCACAGAGUCUGUCACCGAUACAGAGACUGACACUGUCCUCACUACUACUGGGACGUCAACCACGUCGAGCCCGACGGGCUACGCUCCCUACGCUCCUUACAGCCCGUACCAGUAG